AUGGCGCAAACGGUCAGCGUCAGCGGCCGCGCAGCCCGGCUGGGAUGCGCCAUCUGUUCCCCUGUCCCACUUCCACAGAUGGUGGGUGGCCCGAAAAUCUCUUUGAGUCUGAAGAAGAACUUCAGCUCUUUGGGUAAAGCUUCAACAGUUUCUCCAAAUGAGACUCACCUUGCUCUUUACCUCUGCGGACAUAAGUCUGAAAGCUUCAGACGAUGGAUCCAGCAAAUCGCUUGUGAACUUGGCAUCAACCAAUCCCAGCUUGAACCUUUAUUCCGACGACCAUUCUCUUCAUUCCGCUCUUUGACUGUGGUUUCAUUCAGCAAUGGAUCUAUCAUCAACAACAUGGACCUAACGUUUGCAUUAGUAUCCAUUCCAAACAACACUGAGAUAGCGAAAGUAUUGACAACUGCAUCUCCAAAUGUCAUGUCCUUCAACAUUGAUGUCAAUUCUAUUUUUGUGGAGGGCUCACAAAUGUCAAGUGGAGUAAGCCACAAGAUCAGCCUCAUCACGGCAUCCUGCAUGCUUGAACCUUUAUUCCGACGACCAUUCCCUUCAUUACGCUCUUUGACUGUGGUUUCAUUCAGCAAUGGAUCUAUCAUCAACAACAUGGACCUAACGUUUGCAUUAGUAUCCAUUCCAAACAACACUGAGAUAGCGAAAGUAUUGACAACUGCAUCUCCAAAUGUCACGGCCUUCAACAUUGAUGUCAAUUCUAUUUUUGUGGAGGGCUCACCUUCUACAACCACCACAUCUGCAACAACCGCAGAGGCAACAAGAGUAAAGCGGGUGACUUUUAGAUCAGCUGGAGAAACAUUCACAUCUGACCUGCUGAAUCCAUCAUCUGCAGUAUUUAUGGAAAGAGCUGCAGUGAUUAAGUCAACGCUUGAACCUUUAUACCGACGACCAUUCCCUUCAUUCCGCUCUUUGACUGUGGUUUCAUUCAGCAAUGGAUCUAUCAUCAACAACAUGGACCUAACGUUUGCAUUAGUAUCCAUUCCAAACAACACUGAGAUAGCAAAAGUAUUGACAACUGCAUCUCCAAAUAUCACGGCCUUCAACAUUGAUGUCAAUUCUAUUUUUGUGGAGGGCUCACAAAUAUCGAGUGGAGUAAGCCACAAGAUCAGCCUCAUCACGGCAUCCUGCAUGGUGUUGUCAUGGUUACUGUCAAGCCAACAAUAACCUCUUUGCUGAAAGCCGUGAGAAAUCUCAUCAGGAAGUUUAGUUUUACUGUAAAGAACAACAAAACCAUAUGAUGUAAACAUGACACCUUCUUAUGAACUGUAAUUUUCAUAUGACUUAAAAGUUAUUUAUAAACUGUAUUUAAAAAAAGUAAGGCUCACUUU